AAUAAUAAUAAUAAUAAAAAAAUAACAUUUCAUGUUCUUGUAGUUUCUGUUUUCCGGUACCUUCUUCCCUCAUCUUCAUCCUCUUACCUCUGAGAACACUUCAAGCUUAAGCAGCUGCUACACUCACAAUCUUGCUGUUGUUCAUCAUAUCUGGUAGACAGAACAAGUACUCUGAUGGCUUCAAUUUCAGCCUUUGCUCUUGGAUGUGUACCACCACACCACACACUAUCCCUUCCAUGUCCAAAACCAAAACUAAUUCUUGGGAUUCAAACUCAAACUCAAACCCAAGCUCAUACUCAGAGAUGUCAAGCUGUUGGAGAUGGACAACUUGACUUAUCUUCACAUCCACCAUCUGAUGCAAGUACAGGAAUCAAUGUAAGACUCAAUCAUGACAGCAGAAGAAGAAACAUUGUCAUUUCAUCACUGGGUUUUCUAGUUGCAUCACUAUGGGACUUUUCCACCACUCUUGGACCUGCUGCUGCAGCCCAAUUCACUGACAUGCCAGCAUUAAGAGGGAAGGACUAUGGGAAAACGAAAAUGAACUAUCCGGAUUAUACUCAAACAGAAUCAGGUCUUCAGUAUAAGGAUUUGCGAGUUGGAGAAGGCCCUACUCCUAAGAUGGGAGACACUGUUGUGGUUGACUGGGAUGGUUACACAAUAGGAUACUAUGGCCGUAUAUUUGAAGCUCGAAAUAAGACUAAAGGCGGUUCAUUUGAGGGUGAUGACAAGGAUUUUUUCAAGUUUCGAAUAGGAUCUCAAGAGGUAAUACCAGCUUUCGAGGAGGCAAUAACAGGCAUGACUAUCGGAAGCAUUAGAAGGAUUAUAGUGCCCCCGGAGUUGGGAUACCCUGACAACGAUUACAACAAGAGCGGCCCCAGACCAACAACAUUUUCGGGCCAAAGAGCCUUGGAUUUUGUAUUAAGGAACCAAGGACUGAUAGACAAGACUCUUUUGUUUGAUAUUGAGCUACUCAAGAUCAUACCAAACUGAAAUUCUUCUCUCCAAAUUCAUCAGAGUCAACUAUUGCAGUAACACAUUUUGUUCUAUAAAAGAAGUUUCAAGCUCUGCAACUUUUAGCUGAGAUGGUGAGAAAGCUGAAGGUUCAGUUGACACCAUUAAUACUAGAUUGAAAAUAUUUAUGAUUCUUUUCUUUUCUUUUUCCCCUUCAUAUUACCCAACAAUAAUAUAUGAUGUAAAUUUUGUUCAAUUGAACAAGUAUUGAUAUAUAUUCCAUAUAUAUAUUGUUUUAUAGUUUAUAGAAUCCAUUAUGAGUAGAAGUACAGUAAAAACCUUUCAUUCU